AUGUGGCAUCUCAAGGAGUUUGUACUGCUGUCCCAGAUCAAAUCAGUUAUUAGACGUACCAAGGAGAUUCAAAACGUCCACCCCAUGUACCGAGAUGGCCUGAUACGAAGGAAGAUGGGCCCCCUGAUUUUCCACAAGAGCAACUCCCAGGACCGGCUCAUUGAGGAACUGCAAGGCAAGCUGGGAAUUGCCCGUAAGGAUCGCCCGAAAAAGCAGCAGCCAGACGAUUGGCUCACAGAAGGUGUCAUUGUCAUGUCCAACCCCAAAUGCUCACGAGAAGACCACAACAGGGAGGUGGAUAAGAUCAAAUCAGUUAUUAGACGUACCAAGGAGAUUCAAAACGUCCACCCCAUGUACCGAGAUGGCCUGAUACGAAGGAAGAUGGGCCCCCUGAUUUUCCACAAGAGCAACUCCCAGGACCGGCUCAUUGAGGAACUGCAAGGCAAGCUGGGAAUUGCCCGUAAGGAUCGCCCGAAAAAGCAGCAGCCAGACGAUUGGCUCACAGAAGGUGUCAUUGUCAUGUCCAACCCCAAACGCUCACGAGAAGACCACAACAGGGAGGUGGAUAAGAACGUGGCAUCCUUUGAGAGGGAAGGACAGCCAUACUGCGAGAGAGAUUACCAUCAUUUAUUCUCUCCGCGCUGCUACUACUGUAACGGACCCAUACUGGAUAAAGUGGUGACAGCGUUAGAUAGAACGUGGCAUCCCGAGCACUUUUUCUGUGCUCAGUGUGGGGCGUUCUUCGGUCCUGAAGGAUUUCAUGAGAAAGAUGGAAAGGCGUACUGUCGUAAAGACUACUUCGAUCUCUUUGCUCCUAAAUGUGGAGGCUGUGCUCGUGCCAUCCUGGAGAAUUACAUCUCUGCCCUGAGUGCCCUCUGGCAUCCAGAGUGUUUUGUGUGCAGGGAGUGCUUCACACCCUUCGUCAACGGCAGUUUCUUCGAGCAUGACGGUCAGCCGUACUGUGAGGUUCAUUAUCACUCCCGCCGCGGGUCGCUGUGUUCCGGCUGUCAGAAACCCAUCACGGGCCGCUGCAUCACAGCCAUGGGCAAGAAGUUUCAUCCUGAGCAUUUUGUCUGUGCCUUCUGCCUCAAGCAGCUCAAUAAGGGCACCUUCAAAGAGCAAAAUGACAAGCCUUACUGCCAGGGCUGCUUCAUCAAGCUCUUCAGCUAGAAAGAUGUCUGACUGACUGAGUGUGUGAGUGUGUAAGUCUGCAUGUUGUGUUGUUUGCCUGUUUUGUGUGUGCGUGUAUUUGUUAAUCCGGUUUAUGUGUCUGACUCUCAACGUCCCCACAUGACAUUGCUGGUCAGGUUAAAACGAUGGUGCCAUGAUAUGUGCUCUCAAAAGCCAGGCUGUUUUUAGAGGGUAUUAGAAGAAAGUUCAGCUGAGACUGUAGAGUUAUUUUUAGAGAAAGUGUGUGAAUGUUUUCUGCUCACUGGAUGAGCUGGACAGAAACUGUUUGAUGAUGAGAACAGUUCAGGAGGGAUGAUGGGAAACGUGUGCAGCAUGAACGUAUGAGACACAAUCAACAGAGGUAAAUGAAAACAGCUAAAUGAGUGACUGGAAGUCAAACGAAUAACCAACUGGAGCCAAUAAUUACUGGUGAUUCUCAUGAACGAAUCCAGGUCAUAUUUCAGUCUGAAACCAAGAGGAAAGAUAAGAAAUUAUAUUUUCCAUUA